UUACAUUUGCAGAUCCCAUCUACACAGCUCUUCUAGCGACAUUAGCUUGCCGCCAACCACCCGAGCCAGCUUUUUCCCACCCAGUCCAGCAACCGAAUCGCUUCCGGAUCGCCUUGACAUUUCUGCGGCAACUCCUGGCGUGCACUGCAGGCCUGUGAUGCCUGACUAGAAAAGACGAAGAAGGCGAUCAUGGCUAAUCCCGUAGGCGAGGACAGCUGGCUGGCCUAUCUCGACGAAACCAUCCGCAACGCCUCCGACCUCGAGAAACGCGUAAAUGUCGUCGAAUUCUUCAAACGUGCUGUUGGCGUGGAGCCUGGCAGCUUGAAUAUAUGGCUUGCAUACUGCAACUAUUUCUGGUCCCUUUGGGCGGAUAGCCAGUCUGACGCCGCUGGAUGGCCAGAGGAAGAGCAAAUGAUGGGCCGGGAGCUUUUCUCGUUUGAAACUGCCCUUGGCUUGUGGCAGCAGGGCUAUGAGGCUAUCAAAUAUCGUAUUAAUGAUAGCCAUCUUCUCUGGGACCGCUGGGUAUCUCUCGAAAUGGAGCUGCUGGAAAAGACAAAAACACCAGAGGGCGUCAAGCGCAUCACGCAUCUGUACCGUGACCGACUGAUGACGCCUCAUCUCACAUGGGACAACACGGCGCAAAUGUACUCGACCUUUUUAUCGGAAUACAAUCGAGCUGCAUGGGAGGAAUCGAUGAAAGAUAUUACGGUGCUGUCUCAAGACGCAAAGCGGCUUAUGGGCGAACGAGAUUCCUUCGAACUCAAGUUGCAGCAGGCGUCACGAGCCGACGACAUGGAAGCCCAAAAGAAGACCAUGAUUGAAUAUCUCGAGUGGGAGACAUCACAGGUUGAUGGCGGCCAAGAUGGCACCGAUAUCAAUUUCAACCUCUGCUGUGGACUCUAUGCCAGAGCUUUGACCGGAAUAUUCGCGUCCGAUGAAUCGAUUUGGCACGAGCACAUCGUUUUUCUCUCAUCCUCAUAUGCCGACGCCAAAGACCCUGAAUUUCUCCUCAACGCCCUUCGUCGAGCCGUUCAGCAUUGCCCCUGGUCUGGUCGCUUAUGGAAUAGGUUAAUACUAUGCGCAGAGGAGGCGAGAUUAGAGUUUUCUGAAGUGGAGUCAAUCAAGCAUGCCGCAACGAGCGAAAAUCAGCUAUACAAGCAUGGUAUGGAGAGUAUGAUCGAGAUGUAUGUAGCCUGGUGCGGCUUCCUCAAGCGUACCGCCAUGGACGCAAGCGCUACCGACGAGGCUGUCGACGUGGCUGAUGUAGGCCUGAGUGCCGCUCUCGAGGAUGUUGAAAUUGUAGGCAAGAGACUCUACGGCAAAGACUUUCAGGGCGAUCCCAAAUUUCGACUUGAGCGCAUCUAUAUCCAGUACUUGACAGAGAAGAAAAAAGCAAUAGAUGAGGCAAGAUUGCAGUGGAAUAAGCUGGCCAAGGCUCAAAUCCACGCCGAUAGCCAUGAUUUCUGGUUUCGCUAUUAUAUGUGGGAGAUGCUCAUCUUUUCUUCUACCAACUCAUCCAACAGUCCUACGCCUUCUUCCGCAGGUGGUAAUUUCCGAAUACCGGUGCUUGCAACCGCUGUUCUUCAGCGCGCUGUGGACCGACCGACCAUUGACUGGCCGGAAAAAGUGCUGGAGGUCUACAUGCAACAUUGCAACGACUAUGAAUUAUCACAUUCUGUACGCAGGGCGGCAGAUAUAGUGCAAAAAGCCGAAAACAGUAUUGCAAAGCGACGUAGGCUGGAAGAAGAAGAGAAAGCUGCUGCCUAUGCUGUCUAUUAUAGCGCACAGACAGCGGUAGACCAUGACGAAGCCAUUGCAGAGGAGGCUUCCUCAAGCCAGACGAAGAGGAAACGAGAAGAUGCUGCCGAGCCUCAGGAAGAUGCUGGCACCAACAAGCGCCAAAAAGGCGACCACGAAUUGCGCGAAGCCCAGUCUGGCCUGCGGAGAGACAGAGAAAAUACGUCUGUGAUUGUCAAAAAUCUCCCCGCCGAGGUCACUCAGACAAAACUUCGUCAAUAUUUCAAAGAGUAUGGCCACAUAAACAAUAUCACAGCGCUUGUUCGAGAAAAGGAUGGUCAGUCUUCAACCGCAUUGAUUGAAUUCAGUGCGCCAGAUGAGGCUCGAUCCGCAUUGCUUAGGCAUGGAAAGUUCUUCGGGCAAUCUCAGCUUACCGUCCAAUCUGGCCAUGACCUAACUAUAUAUGUUGCCAAUUACCCGCCUACCGCCGAUGAAAAAUAUAUUCGCCAGCUAUUUCAAGACUGUGGAGAUAUUUUAAGCAUUCGGUGGCCUAGUUUAAAGGUGAACUCGCAUCGUCGGUUCUGCUACGUCUCUUUCCGUGACAGCGAUGCGUCCGCCAGAGCCGUGGCGAAAGAAGGCACCUUACUUAAUGGUAAGUACAAGCUCUUGGCUAAAUACUCAGAUCCCAACCGCAAGAAGAACCGAGAGGGUGCUGUUGCCGAGGGCCGAGAAGUUCACGUUUCAGGGUUGAGCCCUUCAACUACAGAAGAGGAAAUCCGCGAGGUCUUUUCGAAAUACGGAAAUAUUGCAAGAAUAAACGUUCCCCAAAACAUCAACGGAAAGGGUCGUGGAUUUGCAUUCAUCGACUUCGAAACAAAAGAUGAAGCCAACAAGGCCGCGUCAGAGCUGAACAAGGCCAAGUUCUUCAACCGAAUCCUUCAAGUUGAGAUCUCAAAACCUUCUAAUGUAAAGCCCACGGCUCAUAGCGUAGUAAACGACCGCGCAACUCCAGCCUCUCAGGCGACUGACGAUGCCGAGGGCGACACAACAAUGGGAGGCUCCACUACUGCUGUCGAUAUUGCUGCCCGUACUAUUGCACUUAUGGGUUUGUCUGACACUGUCAAUGACGCCCGAGUGAGAGCACUUGUUGAGCCAUUUGGACCCAUUGUCAAGCUCGUCCUCCAGCCUAGCAAUGGCGGCGCAAAGAUCGAAUUUGCAGACUCUUCCGCUGCGGGCAAGGCAAGCUUGCAGCUCAGCAACAUGGAGUUUGAAGGCCGCAAGUUACGAGUCGGCUCUCUUGAUGAUCUUCGCCAUGCUAAGGCCGAGAGAGUGCAAGAUCGUAUUGUUCCCCGUAGCCAGACUUCAUCUAAAAAGGACAAACCAGCUGGUAGCACGGAGAAGAGCUUCAUACCGUCGUCAAUGAUUAGGCGACCUGCUUUAGGGAGGCCAGGUCCGAAGCGUGGAGGUGGCUUCCCUGCUCCGAGAAUGUUACCAAUUUCUAAUGUAAAACCUACGGCGGAAGAUACAAAACCAGAAGCGAAGAGUAAUGCAGACUUUAAAGAGCUGUUUUUGAAGAGCUCGGCUGCGAAGGAUACUAAGGAUAAUAAGGACAAUAAGGGGGGCGACAACUAAGUCAUAGUAAUAUAUACCCUGACUUGAUUCUUAGCUUGGCUCUGACGCAGCACAUAUUAUUUACAUGUAUAUGCGUUAGAAGAAGUCAUAGUAAUUCUACUACUACUUGAAUGCCAAUAUUAUAUCUACUAUAUGCCAAACCAGGCA